AUCCAAUUAUGAUGCCUCAACUAGCGACCAAUGCUAUCUUUGUAGUACCCCUAGCUUUAGCACUUGUACUUUGCUUCACUCCGGCCACCUUCGCCGGAGUUCUCUACCCACAAUUCUAUGACUUCUCAUGCCCACAAGCCAAAGAUAUCGUUAACUCGGUUGUUUCGAAGGCGGUUGCAAAAGAUGCUCGUAUGGCCGCGUCAUUGCUUCGUCUGCAUUUUCAUGAUUGCUUUGUUAAGGGUUGUGAUGGAUCAAUACUACUGGAUAGCAGUGGAACAAUAACCAGUGAGAAGAGAUCGGUCCCUAAUCGUGAUUCGAUUAGAGGAUUCGAAGUCGUUGACGAGAUCAAAUCUUCGCUUGAGAAAGCGUGUCCGGAGACUGUUUCUUGUGCCGAUAUCUUGGCGUUGGCCGCUAGAGAUUCGACUCUUUUGACCGGUGGGCCAAGUUGGGAUGUUCCAUUGGGAAGAAGGGACUCACUAGGUGCAAGCUUGAGCGGCUCAAACCAGAACAUACCAGCCCCAAACAACACCUUCCAAACAAUCCUCACCAAAUUCAAGCUCAAGGGUCUCCACAUUAUCGAUUUCGUAGCACUUUCAGGAAGUCACACAAUCGGAAACGCUAGGUGCACCAGCUUCCGGCAAAGACUGUACAACAACUCCGGCAACGGGCAACCGGAUUUCUCUUUAGAACAAUCGUAUGCUGCCCGACUUCGUGUAAACUGUCCGAGAUCCGGUGGUGAUCAGAAUUUGUUCGCCAUGGAUCCUGGAUCGCCGAGAAAGUUUGAUAAUGGAUAUUAUAAGAAUUUGAUUGGUUUGAAGGGGUUGUUGAGCUCCGAUGAGAUGCUGUAUACGCAGAAUCAAGAGACUAUGGAAUUGGUGAAACGUUAUGCGGCGAAUCAAAAUGAGUUUUUUGAUCAGUUUGCGAAGUCGAUGAUUAAGAUGGGGGAUAUAGCUCCAUUGACAGGAAACCAUGGAGAGAUUAGAAGGAUUUGUAGGAGGAUUAAUGGUUGAUUGAAUCCUGAUUUGUGUGUUUGUAAUUUGUAAAUGUGCUCGCUUUUUUUUUUUUUUUUGUGAAGUGG